GAGCAGAGUGUACUGUCUCCAGUUAACUGUUGGAACCUGUUGUUGAGUCAGGUGAAGAGGGAGAGCCGAGACCACGCUACCCUGUCUGACCUCUACCUCAAUAACAUCAUACCGCGCUUCGCCCAGGUUAGCGAGGACUCCGGACGACUCUUCAAAAAGAGUAAGGAGGUUGGUGUCCAGCUUCAGGAGGAUCUGAUGAAGGUUCUGAACGAGCUCUACGCGGUGAUGAAGACAUACCACAUGUACAACACAGACAGUAUCAACUCUGAGAACAAACUGAAGGAUGCAGAGAAACAGGAGGAGAAGCAGAUGGGGCGCUCUGGUCGCCAGGACGACAGACAGACUCCCAGGUCACCUGACACACUGGCCAGCAUCAAGACAGAGGAGAAACAUGUCCGACGCUCCUCAGUCAAGAAGAUAGAGAAGAUGAAGGAGAAGAGGCAGGCUAAGUACACAGAGAACAAGCUGAAAGCAAUCAAGGCAAGGAAUGAAUACCUGCUGGCUCUGGAGGCUACCAACAGCUGUGUCUUCAAAUACUACAUCCAUGACUUGUCUGAUAUCAUCGACUGCUGUGACCUGGGCUACCAUGCCAGUCUCCACCGUGCGUUGCGGACCUACCUGUCAGCGGAGAUGAACGUGGAGGCGUCUAAACACAGCGGCCUGGAGGGCCUGGAGGGGGCAGCAGAGAGCCUGGAGCCCAACGGGGACAAGCAGAGACUGAUGGAAACCUACAACAACGUCUUCUGUCCCCCCAUGCGCUUCGACUUCCAGUCACACAUGGGAGACACGAUGGGGUUAGUAUGUGCCCAGCAGCCGUUAGAAGGGGAGUUACUCCAGAGGUGUCAGCAGCUGCAGUCCCGUCUCUCCACCCUCAAGAUUGAGAAUGAGGAGGUGAAGAAGACUAUGGAGGCCACUCUGUCGACCAUCCAGGACAUGGUCACCGUGGAGGACUAUGAGGUCAGCGAGUGUUUCCACCACAGCAACUCCAUGGAGUCGGUCAAGUCCACCAUGAGCCAAUCAUUCCUCAGCAAACCCAGCCUGGCCAAGAGACGGGCCAAUCAACAGGAAACGGAGCAGUUCUACUUCACUAAACUGAAGGAGUUUCUGGAGGGCCGGAACUUGAUCACCAAACUGGAGGCCAAACAUGACUUGAUCCAGAAGACCCUGGGAGAGAGUCAGAAGACUGAUUGUUGCCUUGCCAGUGACAGGAGGAACUCUGCACUACGGAAUCAGCAGGCUGGCCAUGUCAUCCCUCUGAUGGUGGAGAGCUGUAUCCGCUUCAUCAGUCGCCAUGGUCUGCACCAUGAGGGCAUCUUCAGAGUGUCUGGCUCUCAGGUGGAGGUCAAUGACAUCAAGAACGCCUUUGAGAGAGGUGAGGACCCAUUGGCAGGAGAUCAGAAUGAUCAUGACAUGGACUCCAUCGCUGGUGUUCUAAAGCUCUACUUCAGAGGACUGGACCAUGCCCUCUUCCCCAAGGAAGUCUUCCAUGACAUCAUAUCCUGUGUCUCAAUGGAGAACCUGCAGGAGAGGGCUGUCCACAUCAGGAAGGUUCUGCUGACUCUGCCCAGCAACACUCUCAUCAUCAUGAGAUACCUGUUCGCCUUCCUCAACCACCUGUCCCAAUACAGUGAGGACAACAUGAUGGAUCCCUAUAACCUGGCCAUCUGUUUUGGUCCCACUCUGAUGUCAGUCCCAGAGAGCUGUGACCAGGUGUCCUGCCAGGCCCACGUUAACGAGCUCAUCAAGACCAUCAUCAUCCUCCAUGACGGGGUUUUCCCCGGACCAGGGGACCUGCAGGGGCCCGUCUACACCUGCCCAGGGGCCACCGACGAGUACUGUGAGCCACCCCUAGUGGAAGAACCUGCUCCUGACACCAUCUCUGUCAUCCACAACAGCGAUGAUGGCUUGUUGGUCGUUUCAGAAUCUGACCCAAUAGUGGCCAUUGCUCGCUUCGACUACUCUGGACGGACCAACCGGGAGCUGUCGUUUAAUAAGGGCGCGUCUCUCCUCCUUUUCCAGCGAGUCAGUGAUGACUGGUGGGAGGGCCAACACAACGGAGUGGACGGACUAGUGCCUCACCAGUACAUAGUGGUUCAGGACAUGCAGGACGGGGGCAGAGGCAGUCCUAAGACUGAGGCGGAGUUGCAGGAGGAGAGAGUGUCCACUAGGGGCAUCGCUGCCUCUCCCACUGGAGCUCAUGUAGCUGACGUCUACCUGGCCAACCUCAACAAGAUGAGGAAGAAGCCGGAGUUGGGGAGUAUCCGUAGAACCUUCCGGGUGUCUGAGGGAGGACAGGGGGGUGACGUACCCCCAACGGGGGCGACUGGUGGGGGUGUGAGGACGGCCAGUCUGCCUGUGGGAGGGGCUCUGGUGAAAGAGGGCUGGGAUAAACGACCAGUCAGCGCCCACAGUGUCCUCAACUCCUCCAUUACACGCCACUCCUCUCUCAAGACCAAGGUGGAAAGCCCUCAGUUCCGCAAAGCGACCACAGCGGGGCGCUCUAAGAGCUUCAGCAACCACAGACCUCUGGACCCUGAGGUCAUCACUCAGCUGGAGCCCACCUCACAGGAUAUCGAGGCGGCUAUGAGCUCUGCUCUGAGAGAGCUGGAGAGGCAGAGCAGUGUCCAGCACACACACACCCCUGAUGUGGUGCUGGACACUCUGGAGCAGCUGAAGGGUGUGUGUGCUGGGGGAGGAGGGGGCGCAUCAGAGCCCUCCAGUCCCCUCCACUCCCGUCUGCUGAGGGACAGCGACGGUGCAGGAUCUCCACACUCACACCCUCUCCAACGCAGCGCUUCGUCCGCUAGCGACGUCCCCUCCUCCUUCCGCCCUUCCUAUCCCAGGAGCCCCCUGCCCUCCUCUCUCGCCUCCUCAGCCCUCUCUUUCUCCACUCCCUCCUUCCGAGAGCCUCGUCCUCCAGCCACGCGACCCAAGCCGGUGGUCUUCCCCAAGGGAGGAGGAAGCAGCAGUCCGGCUAUGGGGUCCCCAACCUCCACUGUCCCCCCUCCUCCCCCACCCCCACCCCAGCCCAACGACAAGUCCUGCCUCGCCUGAGGAGUGACAUCACACACGCUCCCCUUCCAUACACAAACCACUGCCCCAUCUCCCCUCACCCAAUGACAAGUGGGAUAGCUCUCACCUAGGAUCAGCUUACCCUCCCAAACGAAGCAUUAUGGGAGUUAGACUGACUCAAACAAGGGAUCAAAAUGAACAUACAGCAUGACAAUAAAGAGACAUGGUGCUGUA